ACAGAAAACAAUAGCUGGGACUGUGUGACCUCGCAUUGCCUCACCCUACCCACCUAAAUUUCCUACAGAGGAGGAGGAGCUCUCGACGGAUGGGAUCAGCUGAACUUGGGUUUCGCUGCGCACGUGUUCUCUGCUCCUCUCCCUUGUCUCUUCUCUUUGCUAAAUUUAGCUAACACACACUCUCUCCCUCCCCUCUGUUUUCUGGUUUUUGUUCUUGCUCUAUGAAUUUUUCAUGGAUGGGUCAAAUCUUUGAAUUGAAUCUCAAUCUCUUUUGUCUAAGAUUCCUUUGAAAAAACCAACAAUUUUUUAAGUAGUAAUGGUUUUUGGUUUUGUUCUCCUAAUCUGCUUUGGUUUUCUUUUCAUUCUAUGUGAAGGAUUUAUCGCUAAUUACACGUCUUCCUUCUGCUUUUCUUACUAGUAUUCCAUUCCCAGAAAACCCUUUUGUGUUGGUUUGGAGUUUUUAUAAUUAUAUACGCGUGUUGAGUUCUUUCUUGCAAUGGAAAAGAAUUUGGAUUUUGUUGGUGACGAUAAAACUGAAUUGGUAGGUGGAUUAUUGCAAGAUGAAGGAGGUGAACCCCAUGAUGCUCUGUUUUUUGCUCUGGGUUAUCUAGGUGUGAAGGACCUCCUUACUACUGGGAGGGUCUGCAGAUCCUUGCGGAAUGCUGUUAGAGGCGAUUCUCUCCUGUGGAAGAGUAUUCAUAUAGAUCAGCCGCUAAGCGUGAAAAUAACUGAUGAGUCUCUUAUCAAAUUAACUAAUAGGGCUCAAGGUAUUAUGGAAUGCUUGAGUCUAGUGGAAUGCAUUAAAAUAACUGACAAUGGGUUGAAGGAAGUGCUUGAAAGCAAUCCGAAGUUAACCAAGUUAUGUGUGCCAGGAUGUGUGAGACUCAGUGUUAACAGUAUCUUGUUUAACCUGAGGGUUCUCAAGUCAGCAGGAACACUGAGAAUAAAACACUUGAGAAUUGGCGGGCUUUCUGGUGUAACAGAAAAGCAGUUUGAAGAGUUGAAGUCCAUACUUGGAGCAGAUAAACACAUGCAACUGAAAGCAAACAAACCACGGUUUUAUCAUCUAGGACGGUUUUAUCUCUCUUCUGAUGAUGAUUGUGCCAUUGACAUUGAGACAUGCCCCAAGUGUCAGAAAUUGAGACUGGUUUAUGAUUGUCCAGCAGAGAGUUGCCAAGGGAAAGAUCAAGCUAAUCAAUCAUGUAGGGCCUGCACUAUGUGCAUAGCACGUUGUAUCAAUUGUGGAUCCUGCAUUAAGGAUUGCGAUUAUGAGGAGACCUUCUGUCUAGACUUUAUUUGUCUGGUUUGUUUGAAGAAGCUGCUAAGUUGUCAGGAGACAACACCAGAAGCGAAGGGCACUUCCUCUUCUGGGGAGACAGUUGUUCCUAGAGAGAUGACAUACAAGUUCUGCUUUUAUGGUGAAUAAAAAGUAAAUCCUAUAAGCCCAUGGCUAUGGUCUAUUGACAUGCUUUCGCAAUGUCAAAUAGUUGCUUCAAAUGUAGGGUUGUGGCAGGCUUUGAAAUCCAUGGUUACCAUGUGUAGUAUUCCUCUACUUGUUGGACUAGCUCUUCCUGCGGCUUGAUUCAUGGUUCAAGUUUGAUGUUGCAUAUGGUGAGCUUUGGCUUGAAUUUCUGUGGGCAGCUUACAUUGCUUUUAUGCUAACAUUGAUCAUGAAGAAAAGAUGGAAGAAAGGGGAAGACAAGCUACAUUUCUAUCAGGGGAAAAAAGGAAGACUGAAAAGAAGUUGGAAAAAAUGGUCAUGAAGAAAAGGCGAAAAAAAAAAGGUGAAUAUUUAUCAAAUUACCAGUUGACGUCUACCUGAAUAAAUUAUAUAUUUGAGAUUUGCUACAUUGGCUCUCAUCCUGGGAAGGACAAUGAAAUAGUCAUCGGAAUUGUUUGCUGGUGUGAUCGAACUUUGAAGUGAAAUUCGAUGCGGCUUGGCCAUCAAACUUGAGGCUAAAUGCUGCAGAUAAGAAGGCGGCUUCUUGUUGAGUAACAAUAUGGCAGCAAGUGUGGAAGAAAGGAUUCUUUUGCAGCAGAGCAGAUCGAUUAGGCAAAAUGCAUAUUUCCUUUAUUGUUGCCCUGUAUUCCAGCAAGAACAAGAAGGAUCUGAUUUCUUUUUUAUAAGAUCUGCUUGUUAGAAUACAAAGCUCUGGACAAGAUUUCUAGAUCAAUUUUGGAUUUGUAUUCUCUCUCGUUCUAGUCAACUAAAUAAUAUGAUGAAUGAAUUUGACUUGA